GUGCGGGUGUCAGUGAUGGCGGCGGCCCAGGCGGAGGCGGGCGCUGCGCACUCGGUCGUGGCCGGGCCCGCGGGCCCCGCGAUGGGCGACAUGGAGCCCGCGGGCCCCGCGAUGGGCGAACUGGAGCCCGCGGGCCCCGCGAUGGGCGAACUGGGGGCGGCGGCCCCCGCCAUGGACGGUCUCGAGGGCGGGGCGGGCGCUGCCGUGGUGGCGGAGGAUCCGCCGCCGCCGCCGCCGCUGCCGGGGCUGCGGCUGGUGCAGCAGGGCGCCGAGGCGCACGUGUACCGCGGGCUCUUCCUCGGGCGGGCAGCGGUGGCGAAGCUCCGCGUCCCGAAGCGGUACCGGCACCCGGCGCUGGAGGAGCGGCUGAGCCGGCGGCGCAUGGCCCAGGAGGCGCGGUCGCUGCUGCGGUGCCGGCGGACAGGGAUUCCUGCUCCAGUGGUCUACUUCGUGGAUUAUGUCACCAACUCGAUCUAUCUGGAAGAUAUUGUAGACUCAAUUACUGUUCAGGAUCAUAUUUAUUCCGUACAAAAGAGUGGGAAUGACACCAGUGGCCUCCAUAAGUUAGCAGAGAAGAUGGGUGAGCUGUUAGCAAGGAUGCACGAUGAAGAUAUUAUCCAUGGGGAUCUUACAACUGCCAAUCUCCUCCUGCGGCCACCCACGGAGAAGCUGGACUUGGUGUUGAUAGACUUUGGACUCAGUUUUAUUUCAGGUCUUCCAGAGGAUAAAGGAGUUGAUUUGUAUGUGCUGGAAAAAGCCUUCAUUAGCACUCAUCCAGAUACUGAAAUGAUGUUCAAAGCUCUGCUGAAGACCUACGCAGCCACGUCUAAAAAAUCUGGUCCUGUGAUCAAAAAGCUGGAUGAGGUUCGACUAAGGGGAAGGAAGAGAUCCAUGAUUGGGUAGAAUAGAGCAGGGUUAGGGAUGGAGAAAUAGUAGGUUUUGCAAAUAGGGUUAUUUAUAUUUCUAGCUGGUUUUAUUUCAGAGAUACUAUUUUGAUAACUGUGUCUUCAAAUAAAUAAACUUGAAAGAGUGUAAUUGUCAUAAAGUAA